GCUCAGACCCGCCGCUGUGACCCGCCUCCGGAGCUGAGGCCGGGCGGGCGGUGCAACUUGUUGCCGGCUGGUGAUGAUGACGGUGAUGAAGAGAUUAACGAGCAGAGAGGAAGGCGCGCAGACGCAGAGUGACACAGAGACAGAGACCAGGGACCAGAGUCCAGGACCAGAGACCAGAGACCAGGGACCAGAUACCAGAGUCCAGGGACCAGAGACCAGGGACCAGAUACCAGGGACCAGAUACCAGAGUCCAGGGACCAGAGACAAGAGUCCAGGGACCAGAGACCAGAGACAAGAGUCCAGGGACCAGAGACCAGAGACCAGAGACCAGGGACCAGAUACCAGGGACCAGAUACCAGAGUCCAGAGUCCAGAGACCAGAGACAAGAGUCCAGGGACCAGAGACCAGAGACCAGAGUCCAGGGACCGGAGACCGGAGACCAGAGUCCAGGGACCGGAGACCAGAGACCAGAGUCCAGGGACCAGAUACCAGAGUCCAGGGACCAGAGACCAGGGACCAGAGACCAGGGACCAGAUACCAGAGUCCAGGGACCAGAGACCAGAGACCAGAGUCCAGGGACCGGAGACCGGAGACCAGAUACCAGAGUCCAGAGACCAGAGACAAGAGUCCAGGGACCAGAGACCAGAGACCAGAGUCCAGGAACCGGAGACCGGAGUCCGGAGACCAGAGUCCGGAGACCAGAGUCCAGGGACCAGGGUCCAGAGUCCACAGACCAGAGACCAGAGACUAGAGUCCGACUCUAAAACUCUGUAAAAAGAGUUGACAUGAAUAUUUAACUACUUAAUUGAACUGUUAAUUAAAAGUGCAUAUAGGA